AUGCUUCUCUCAAAUAUUAUAUUAACUAACACGAACUCCAGGUUUUUAUCCUCGGCGUCAACUUCCCCGAGCGGAACCUGCUCAAGGCAAGCAAUCCCUCUACCUCGCUGCUCCGACGCAGACCCUCCGCAUCGACCAAUUGAACAGCAGACUAACUCGCAUUCACGUCUACAGAAGUCUCUCGAGACUUUCUUCGGAGUCGGCAACCACACUUCGUCGCGCCUCCUCGCCCGCUUCAACAUUCACCCGACCUGCCGCGUCGGCGAGCUGGCCAACAAGCAGGUGCUCGACCUGACCGCCGUGCUUUCGGAUAUGAAGAUUGAGAACGACCUGCGCAGAGAGGUUCUGAAUGAUAUCAAGCGCCUGAAAGAGACUGGAACUUACCGUGGCCGCCGCCAUGCCCUGGGUCUGCCCGUGCGCGGACAGCGUACUCGUACUCAGAUCAAAACUCCUGUCAGAUUGAACCGGAUGGAGCGUAAGCUUUAA